AUGAACAAUAGCCGGUAUAAUCUACGCUCUUCGGCGCAACAGCCCGUUGCGCCUUCAUUUUAUCCGUCUUCGACGACUGGAGGACUCUCGUCCUCGUCGCUACUAUCAACACAACCCUCAUUUCAAGCCCAACAACAACAACCGAGUCAAUAUAUCGAACAACAAAAACAACCCUUCAUGACCGAAACAACACAACCCCAACUUCCUACGGCCGACAUGAUACCGACGCAUUAUCAGCAAGGUCAAGGACAGGGACAGAUAAACCUAGGAGGUCCAGCGGCGACAGCGCCGUUUCUGCAGGAUUUCACACUCGUCGCAGAGGCUGUUAAGAGGGUACAAAUGGAUGCUGUCAUGACGGAGAUGGAGAGUAUUACUCUUUGA